CUGGGGCUUAGGUAAAAAAACCAAAAAAAAAAAAAAGAAUUUGGAUUGAAAUAAAACAAACAACAACAAAAAACCAAAACAGAGAAACAGAAUUAUGGACCAGGAGAUAAAAUAUGUAGGAGAGUGGCCUGACAUGAGGUGGAAAGGAAUCACUUCCAGCAAGGACUUUCAACAACAGAUUCCUUACAGUAGCUCGGGCUGACUUGUGCCAACCAGAGUAGGAACAUCAGUGGGUGGGUGCUUGACAGAGCCAGCACCGGGGAGUUAAUACCAGUCACUGCUGCUGGAGGUGUGACACAGUCCCAGCCCACAACACAUUGAUUCACACAGGAUUAAGCCACUGCAUGAUGCUUCAGGUUGAAGGCCUGGUGCAGGUGAUUUACUCUCCCUGUCAAACUUAACAUCUUUGGACCCUCCUCUGCCCUCUUCCUGCUUUUGGUGGGACUACUGAAAAAGCAUCUGCUACUGUACCAACCAGAUCACCGAAAGGGAUGACUGGCAGUCAUCUUGCUCAGGAGUAAGAGAGGAAGCAAUGGGCUGGACUAUGACUCUAAAAGAUGACUUUGGGGUCAUUGCCUGGACACGGCAAGCUGGGAGCUACCUCAGCCUCUUCCUCCUCUUGUCUCUCUUUUCCAUUUCUGUCCGUUCAGACAACGUGUAUCCUAGAGACCACCAUUUUUCAUGGAAAGCAGGCCAGUGGGGUCAGUGUACCGGUGAGGAGUGUGGCUCUGGUGGGGUUCAGACAAGGACAAUAUGGUGCAUCCACAUGGAGGGCUGGACUACCCACCACUCCCACUGCCAGCACAUGGAGAAACCAGAAAGCCAGAGACAGUGCUUUAAAGUCUGCGAUUGGCACCAGGAUCUCUUCGAGUGGGAGGUGUCAGAGUGGGGGAGCUGUAUUCUUGUUCCUUUCUUUUCCAAUGAGCUCAAAUUGAGGGCAACUGAGUGCAUUACAGCACAGCAUGGGAUCCAGAGGCGCAAAGUCUACUGCGUACGCACCUCAAAUCGAACCACAGUCAGUUCAAGGAUAUGUGAAUUCUUUUCCCAAAAACCACCUGUGGAGCAGGCAUGCCUUGUCCCCUGCCCCCAGGACUGUGUGGUUUCAGACUUCACCUCUUGGUCAAGUUGCAGCAAAACCUGCGGUGCUGGCCUGCAGCAUCGGACUCGACAUGUUCUGGCCACACCAAUGUAUGGAGGGGCAAUCUGCCCCAACCUAACUGAGACCAGGACUUGUUCCAGUCAUGUUGACUGCCCGGCUGGGGAGGACGAGUACCAGUACAGCCUUAAAGUAGGGGCCUGGAGUGAGUGCCGAAUGCCCCAUCACAAGGAUGCCCUGUUAAGCGGAAGGACCACAGUGGACUUCAGUACUAUGUCCAAUGAGAACAACACAGCCACGCUGCACACACUAGCUUCUCACCAGCAUUUCCAUCACAACCACCACCACCUUGCUCAUGCACACAUUAAGUACCCUGCGUCAUGGGAACUGGAAGUGGGAUACCAGACAAGACAUGUCCGCUGCACAAGAAGUGAUGGCAAAAAUGCUAUGCUGAGCCUCUGUACGAAGGACAAAUCCCCACUGACCUUCCAAACAUGCGUGAUCCCCAAAGACUGUCAGACAUCCGAUUGGUCAUCGUGGAGUCCCUGCUCUAAGACCUGCCGGUCCACGGACCUAUCCCCUGGCUACCGCCUCCGGUCACGGAUCAUGACUCAGAUCCCAGUUGGUGGGGGGAAGCGAUGUCCUGCCCUUGAGGAAAAAGAAGCUUGCAAUAUCAUAGGCGAUUUACUUCCAAACUGCCCCAGGUAUGUGUGGAGGACCACUGACUGGGGUGAAUGCCGGAUUCUACCCUUACUGAGCCAGCAAAACCGGAGACUGGCAAACAUCAGCCUUUUAUGUGGAGGGGGCAUCCAGACCAGGAAGACCUACUGUGUUCAAGUCCCUGAUGUCUCAGCACCACACCACAGAAAGGAGGUGUCCAGGCCUGUAAAUGCUGGGCUGUGUGAUGGUGAAGAGCCUCCUUUGGCUGUCCAGCACUGCUCCAUUCCCUGCCAGCAUUACUGCUUGCUCACCGAGUGGUCACCCUGGGGUGCCUGCCUAUAUGACAGCUGUGAAGAACCACAUGGGAAGAAAGUCUAUGAAUACUACAAUCAAUAUAUUAUCUGUGCUUUUCUGAUAACUUCUUCUGUGCUUUCUCACCACCUGUUUCCAUCAGGUUUCAGACAGAGGAGGAGAGAAGUGCUGUGGGAGUCGAGUGGCACUCUGGGGACAUGCCCUCAUCUGACGGAGUUCAUUCCCUGUGACGAUCCUGCCUGCUACCUGUGGCAGGUCCAACAAGGGGGAAGAUGUAUUCCCACCAAAAACUCCUGCGGUCCUGGAACUGCGAUCCAGAAUGUGACCUGUGUAAACGCUAAAGGAGAAGAUGUGCCCGAUGCCUACUGUGUGGAAGGCCCUCCACUCGCAGAAGAAGCCUGCGAGGUGCCCUGUUCUGCAGACUGUGUGGUUGGCCCCUGGUCCUCCUGGUCCACCUGCUCACACAGCUGUGCUAGUAAGACUGCAGAGGGUAGACAGAGCCGCACUCGCACUGUUUUAGCUAUCCCAGGAAAAGAUGGAAAAGCUUGUCCAGCAGGUCCAGCUCUGGAGCAAUGGAGAGUCUGCAAUGACCAUCCUUGUGUGGUAUUUCACUGGGAAGCCUCAGCAUGGGGUCCAUGUAUUGAGGAUACCUCUAUGGCUCUCAAUGGAACCAGCCUCCAGAAUGGGACCGUUACCUGUGCUGUCGGGGUUCAGAUCCGCAAAGUCAUCUGUGUGAAGAUGAAUGCUGGUCCAGUCGUAAAUAAAAGAUGUUCAGAUUCUUCCCGUCCGGAAACCGUCCGUCCUUGUUUGCUUCCCUGCAAGAGAGACUGCAUUGUGACGCCUUUCAGUGAAUGGACAAGUUGCCCAUCAACCUGCCUUCCAGAAAAUGCAACCGCCGCCACACAGUCUCGAUACAGGACCAUCAUUCAGAGGGCUGCUAAUGGAGGUCAAGAGUGUCCCGACACACUUUACGAAGAGAGAGAGUGUGAAUCACUUCGUGUAUGUCCAGUGUAUAGGUGGAGGACGCACAAAUGGAGCAGCUGUUCUCUAGUUCCUGAAUCUGUGAGACGUGGACUGUCGGGACCAGGAGAAACCUGUGGAAAAGGUUUAGAAACAAGAGGAGUCAGUUGUGUUGGGCAGAGUGGAGAGUCUGCCAAUAUGACAGAGUGCCUGCAAUGGGCUGGUCCCUUGCCCCCUCAGAUCAGAGAGUGUCGGGUGGCUUGCAAGGAUGACUGCACUCUAACUGCAUGGUCCAAGUUCUCUGAAUGUGCUGGAUGUGGCAGCUCUCGAAUACGAAAGCGCUCACUUGCAGGUCGUAGCAAAAAAAAGGAAACCUGCUUGAAUAAGGAGUUGUACCCGUUGGAGGAGACAGAGACAUGUCCUUGCGAUGAGUUUUUGUCCCAGCCCUAUGGGAACUGGUCUGCUUGCAUACUCCCUGAUCCUUCGGUCUUGGGAUCAUCACAGGGCUGGAUGAGCCAUCGAGAGGUGAAGGAGUGUGGCCAAGGUCUGCGCUACAGGGCUGUUGCCUGCAUUAACCAGCAGGAAAACCUGGUUAGCCCUGCACUCUGUACAGAGUCAGGCUACAUUGUGGAGGUUUGCCACAUCCCUUGCCCCAUAGACUGCAAGCUCAGUGACUGGUCAGCUUGGUCCCCUUGCAGUGCAUCCUGUGGCAGCGGGUUAAAGAUCAGGUCUAAGUGGCUGAGAGAGAAAGCUUUCAAUGGAGGACGACCAUGUCCCAAACUGGAUUUAAAGAACCAGGCUCAGGUGUAUGAGGCUCUGCCAUGCUACAGUGAAUGCAGCCAAUACGAGUGGAGGGCCGAGCCCUGGUCCAUUUGUACCAUCAACACUGUGGACGACCUGCCUGCCUGUGGGGAGGGAGUCCAAAGCCGCAAGAUCAGGUGUGUAAAGAAAGGAACAACGGGGAAUGGGGAAGACAGCACUGUGGAGGAUAGUCUGUGUGAUCAAGAGGAAAUGCCACCCAGAGCCCAGGUCUGCUAUUUGGCAUGCCCCAAUGACUGUGUCAUGGCGCCCUGGGGACCUUGGAGCAACUGCCCUGUGCAAUGUGACCAAGACACAUCAAGAAACAGAAGCAGACAUAUCCUGCGCCCCGCAGCUUCAGAUAACUCACCCUGUCCAGAGAUGGUCCAGUCAGAGUCCUGUGUUCUUAAUAGUACAUGUUUCACUUACCAGUACAGAGUCUCAGACUGGAGUACAUGCCAGCUGAGUGAAAAUGCCAUCUGUGGUCAGGGAUCACGUUUUCGUCUCCUGGACUGUAUUCGCAGCGAUGGCAAGGUUAUGGAGGUGCAGAAGUGCGAGCAGUUUGGCUUGAUCAACAAGUGGAUUCUAUCGGAGAGCUGCGUAGUCAACUGUCCUGUCAGCUGUGUGCUCUCUGAGUGGUCGCCGUGGGCAGAAUGCUCGCACAGCUGUGGGAGUCGAGGUCAGUCUGUGCGCAGUCGGAGAAUCCUUCAGGAUGCUCAAGAGGAGGGUCGCCCCUGUCCCAACCAGCUCAUCCAGACCAAACCGUGCCCCUUAAGGCCUUGCUACCUGUGGGUGCUGAGUGACUGGUCCCCAUGCACAGUAGCGGGCGCAGCAUGUGGUGAGGGGCUUCGGAGAAGAAACCUAUCAUGCGUUGUCCACUGGGGAAACUGGCAUGAGUCUCCUCGUCAGCCAGUGAAGGAGGAACUUUGUGGAGACGUACUUAGGCAGCGUAUCCAACAAGAGAUGGAGCAGCCCUGUUUCGUCCCCUGCCUGGGAGACUGCCAUUUGACUGAGUGGUCGUCUUGGAGCUCGUGCCAGUUGACCUGCCUGGAGGGGCGGAGCUUUGAAACCACCGGUCGCCAAGCGCGCUCCAGAGCCGUGAUUAUUCAAGACAUGGAGAAUCAGGACAGCUGCCCUCAUCAAGUCUUUGAGACCCAGCCCUGUAAAGGAGGAAAAUGCCACAGUUACCAGUGGAGGACGGGAGGAUGGAGCAACAACGAGAGAACAGUAUGGUGUCAGCGCUCAGACGGCGUCAAUGUUACAGGGGGGUGUUUCCCACAAAAAAGGCCCACCACGCUAAGACACUGUCAUCCUCCGUGCACAAAACCGUUCUCACACUGCACGCCGAGUGGAGUGUGUGGGUGUGAGAAGGGUUACACUGAGGUGAUGACCACUCACGGUUUCUUGGACUACUGCACCAGAACUCCGGGGGUGGACAACAAUAAGAAAGCAGAUGUGAAAACUAACUCUGGCAGAUUAAAACCUGGGCCGUCUAAGGCCAAAGACCUCUACAACGAGUGGACCUUACGACCUGUUGGCCCAGAUGGAAGAGUAAAGCUGUGGGUUUACGCCGUGACUGCUGUUGGAUUCAUCUUAAUACUCUUCAUUAUAGCGUUAUCGUUCCUGGUCUGUAAGCCAUCCAAAACCACUAAGACGUCUCCCCCACCGCAGAAGCCCUUGACCCUGGCCUAUGAUGGUGACAUGGAUAUGUAACCAGGCUGCUAUACCUCACAAGGACACGCUCGGCAUCAGGCAGCCUGCUGCCUGUGUUCAGAUUGUUAGGAAGCACAUCCGUCACUUACUGUUUGCUCGGUUUUUGCAAUGUCUCAAAUAGAUCAGCGAAUAGCAACGAUCACACUUGAUUUGCUGCUGAAGGGUAACAAAUCUCGCUAGAGCCACUUGCUUCCUCAAAGAAGAGGAACCAAAGCUGAUCAAAGUGAAAAAAUGAGACAUGGACCUCUAGUUUCUUUUCUUUUUUUAAUGCUUGCAACAUGAACACACAGUUGAAGCACUAUUUAGAACCUGCGAAAGAAGACGAAUGCACAGCUGUUGAUCUUGGAGGGUUUUUUUUUGUUUUCUUUUUUGUGCGUGUCAAGAAUCCGAGGGACAUCCUGGUUGACUCGUCAGCAGUCGCUCGUGAUGUUCAAAGACCCACAGAGGUGGAAGUAUUUGACUUUGUCUCAUCAGUGGUGGAUCUUUGUGAAAGGAAACGUCUCAAGCCUUUUGAGUAAACUAAACAGCCUUUUUUUGAAUUUUCGACAGUAAACACGAUGGUCUAUGCACUACGUUAGUGCUGAUUCCGUUUUCCUUUCCGAUGACUUUUCUAGUGUUUUAAUUGUAAUGCAAGUUUUUGCUGUCAGAUUGUGUUUUGUUGAUGAUGCCAUAUGUUGUGUAUAUGUGAAAACCAAAUGCAGGCUUGCCUUGAGUUUAACGAUACAAUGAUGCAGUAAUUUCUCCUCCCUAAUUCUCCCUGGAUUCUCGACCACUGAGGACAAAAUUGAGUAAGUAAGUCAGAGCGGAGUAAUUUGUACAAAACCAAAAAACGUCAGAGUAUUUUGGUGACGAGUGCAGUAUCGCACAUAAUGCAAAUUACAGUAUGUAAUACCAGCAUGAUAAAGACCAUACCUCAUAUGCAGUGCUUAAAAGUUAUUAGACCACCUGCCAUUAAAAGAAUAAUAAUAAUAAAUGAAAAUAUAUAUUAGGCAAAUAAAAACAGAAUUCAUGUUUUUAUAUUUAAAAAAUCAGAAAUUAACAAAGCAUAAUAUUCAACCACUGAAACAAAUUUUUAUGUUCAAGAACACAUAGAAAUAACUAAUUUGGCAUCUUGAUUAAAAAACAAUAAUCAGUGUGGGUCUUUUUACCAAUUUCUUUUAAACUAAAUUUGAAAAUUCAUGGAUAUCAAUGAUAAUUAUAUGUCAGUAUAUAAUAAGUUUGCACAUACAGGUCGAUUUAACCAUUACAGAAACAUAAAACAUUAUUUUGGUAAUUGCUGUUACUGUUUAAUUAAGCCAGUUGUGGUAUGAACCUUUCUAUGGGUUGUGGUCUAAUAAAUGUGUUAAGCACUGUAACCUUUUUCACUAAAUGCAAAGCAAGAAAGGACUAAUCAUCAAAACAUACCGGAGCAUAGAGAGGACGAAUUAUCCACUGGAUUACACACAGUGCUUUAACAGAGCAGAUGCGCUUUAUUUAUUUAAAAUGGUCAUAUUUUAGUGCUUUAUUUUACAUCCAAAUGCAAGGUCUUUUUUGUUUGUUUUUGUACCAUGAAUACAGGGCUGAAGACAUAAAAGAUAGCAAAUACCAAAUAUUUAUGAGCACAUAAUUUAAUAAUCCGGCAGCUUCUUAUCUUAUUUUCUUUUUCUAGUCUUAUUUUCUAGCCCUGUCUUUUUUUAAAAUAUAUUUCCACUCAUAGCAUCUUGGUAGAUUCGAGACAUUUUACCUUCCUUUUGUGCAAUAUUCACACACCCCAGUGGAGAAUUAAGUUCCUGGUAUUGGCUAAUUUUGGCUCUGAUCAGAGUUUAUGCUGUUUCUCGUUCUGCCAAGACUAAGUGGAGAUUUGGUCUUGUGUUAUCCGACCUCCUCCUGAAUGUAUUUUAUCGGGAACUCUAUAAUCUUAACGGUUGUGCAAAUACGGUUGUUAUGUGACUGUAUUUCAACAGCUGAUUGUAUGUAGGCAUGCUAGAUCCAUUUUGGCAGAACGUUCUCCAAGUGGCCUUUGCAAAGAUUCUGUUUUACAAUUUACCGAACAUUUCAGAAUCGUUUAAUUUACAUAGUGUUUCUAAUAUUAGGCCAAUAAAGUGACACAAAGGAACAUGUGGUAAAUGAUGACAAGGAUAACGAAUAAAAGUAAAGUGAAACCCCUUUCUGAAAACAUGACAUACUAAUUAUUUACCGUAUUUAAAAGAAAAAAAAAAACAGCCUGAUUUGAUGAGACAUCUCUCUGGGUUAUGUCCCAAAAAACUAAAAGUAUAUUCACCCAUUGUUUACAGCAUCAUGCUGCUUGUGUUUUUAUUGUGUGUACAUGGAGAGCUGGACAAAAAUGCAAAUAAA